AUGGAUGGAAAUAUUUUUGAAAGAAUGUACAUUUGUUUUGAGGCACUGAAAAAGGGGUUCUUAGCUGGAUGUAGGCCUUUUAUAUCUCUUGAUGGAUGUUUCUUAAAAGGACCCUAUGGUGGACAACUUUUAGUUGCUGUUGGGAAAGAUGGGAACAACCAAAUGUUCCCAAUUGCAUGGGCAGUAGUAGAGGUUGAAUCAACUUCUAGUUGGACAUGUUUUUUGACAUUUUUAAGGGAGGAUUUAUUAUCAAAUGAAGGUGCUGGUUACACUUUCAUGUCUGAUCAGCAGAAAGGUUUAUUGAAGGCUGUGUCAGAUGUGUUUCCCCAAGCUGAGAGUAGGGUAUGUGCAAGGCAUGUGUACUGUAACUUCAGAGGGGUGUUUCGUGGUGGGUUAGAGUAUAGGAAGCAGUUCUGGAUCAUGGCUAAGAGCACCACAGAAAAUGAAUUUUUGCUUAACUUAGAGAAGAUGAGGAUAAUAUCUAAUGAUGCUGCUGAUGAUCUCCUAAAUAGGAACUACAAGAAAUGGUGUAGAGCCUUCUACACUCCUCUGUCUUGUUGUGAUAGUGUGGAUAACAACAUGAGGGAGGUUUUCAAUGCCUACAUAUUGAACUCAAGGCAUAAGCCUAUAAUUACUAUGUUGGAAGACAUCAGGGAGGGGAUAAUGGAGAGGCUACAGAAGAAGAGGGAUGAAAUAGGGAAGAAAGAGAUGUUGUUGUGUCCAAGAAUACAACAGCAAAUUGAGAAGCACAAGAUUGAUGCUAGGGGAUGGAAUGCAUUCUGGGAUGGGGGGUUCUCUUAUGGGGUGAGGGAAGGGGCAACACAAACAAAAUAUGUUGUCAAUUUGGAAGCUAGAACUUGCAGCUGUAAUGCAUGGCAAAUAAGUGGGAUUCCAUGCAAACAUGCAGUGGUUGCAAUUUGGAACAAAGUUGAUCAACCAGAACAUUAUGUUAACCCAUUCUUCACCAAAUCAGUGUAUUUGAAGGCAUAUGACUACUUGUUGGAGCCUAUAAAUGGAGCAGAAGAGUGGCCUAGUUCAGAAACUUUGGUAAAUGCACCAAAACUCAAGAAAGUGCACAAUAGGCGCCAAGUGAAGAGAAGGAAGGUAGCUGGAGAAGUUACAAGUUCAGGGAAAUUGAAAAAAACAGGCUCAGUAAUGACAUGUAGCCUAUGUGGUGUUCAAGGGCAUAACAAGAGAGGUUACAAGAAUGUACCUACAGAGUCUGUGCGCAUGGGUGCAAGUGAGUCAAUUAGUAGCCGUGCACAGAAUGUACCUUCUGUACCCAUGCACCAUAGAGGUGUAGGUGUAUACACCUACCCAAGUGGCUACCAAAGAGUUGCUACUCUCCAACCAUAG